UAGUAAGCCGGUCAGUUGAGCACUGGAUCUUGGCGACUGUGGAUCGCACGUGGGCACGAAUAAAAGGGAUCAUUCUGCCUCUCGGCGGGUGGAUUAUUUUUUUUUCUGUGGGGAAAGUACAAUCAUCGAAGGUAUUGAUUUAUUUUGGGAGGAGAGUUGAUCAGUCUUUUUGCAGUGGUCGUCCCUUGGGAUGACAAUCAAGUGCGACGAAACGUUGAUCUGACCAUUCUGAGCAGAGGGUUGUGUGAUUUUGUGUGUUGAGAAAUAGUUGUUGUUGAAGCCAGAAAAAGAAACAUGGAAGGCAUCAGUGUCGACGAAGUGAAGGUGUCUUUGCAAAAGUUCGGCCUGUAUGACUAUGUGGUGUUUGUGCUGAUGUUGAUGAUCUGUGCCAUGAUAGGGGUGUACUUUGGGUUCCUAAAGAAGAAGUCCAAGAAAGGUGAUGUGGAGGCGGACUACCUGGUCGGAGGGCGCCAGAUGAGCGUCAUACCGGUGUCUCUUUCGUUGAUUGCUAGUUUCAUCUCCGGUAUUUCCCUCCUCGGAACUCCCACGGAAAUCUACGUCUACGGUGUACAGUACAUGUACGUCAUGGGCGGUGUCAUCACGAUGGGCUUCAUCAUGAUGCACAUCUAUCUGCCUGUAUUUCACAAUCUCCAGCUGACAUCCACGUAUCAGUAUCUCCAAACUCGCUUCGACAAACGAAUGCGCCUGUUCGGGUCCGUCCUGUUUACCCUCGCAACGAUGGCCUGGCUACCGAUCGUCAUCUACGUCCCGGCGUUGGCGUUCAAUCAAGUGACCGGCGUGAACGUUCAUCUCAUAACGCCACUGGUCUGCAUCAUAUGUAUCUUCUAUACAUGCGUUGGUGGACUAAAGGCGGUUGUAUGGACCGACGUCAUCCAAACGGUGAUGAUGUUUGGAGCAAUGAUGUUGAUCAUCGUCAAAGGAACCUACGACGUCGGGGGACUGUCGGUAGUGAUGGACCGGGCUAGCGAGAGUGGCCGUUUUGAGGCCCCGGAUCUUAGAUUCGACUUGACCACGAGACACAAUAUCUACUCGUGCGUGAUCGGCGGAGUGAUUUAUUGGUUGAAGACGAACGCAGUCAGCCAGAAUAUGAUCCAGCGGUACCUGUCGCUUCCAACGCUGAAGGAUGCCAAGAGGGCUCUGUGGACUUUCAUUGUGGGAACAUUGUUCCUGCUGGGAUUGUGUGGCUACAGUGGGCUGUUGAUCUACGCCAAGUACCAUGAUUGCGAUCCAUUGACGACAAAGCUGGCGAAAGCGAAGGAUCAGCUGUUGCCCUUGUUGGUUAUGGACACACUCGGAGACUAUCCCGGAUUGCCGGGAUUGUUCGUGGCGGGCGUUUUCUCUGCGGCCCUAAGCUCACUGUCCACCGGGCUAAAUUCGUUGUCUGCGGUAGUGUUGGAAGAUUUCUUCAAGCCUUUCCUGGAUCGACCGCUUAGCGAACGGACAUCGGCGAUAAUCAUGCGCUCAGUGGUGGGAGUGUUCGGUGUGAUCUGUGUAGGGUUGGUGUUGAUUGUGGAAAAGCUGGGUUCGGUGCUACAACUUUCGAUGAGUCUGGGAAGCGUCAGCAAUGGACCUUUGCUGGGAAUAUUUACUUUGGGAGUACUCAUUCCUUGGUCUACCGGAACGGGUGCCAUAAUCGGGGGCAGCGUUGGGUUGGUUGUCAUGUCCUGGAUUUGUUUGAAGGCUCAAAUGGCAAUUGCAUCCGGAGAGUUACAGUUCGAGGUCAAACCGACUGAUACACAGGGCUGCAGUUAUCAUUUUAUCGCAUCGGAACCGAUGAGCAUGCUGGCGAUCAAUGUGACAGCACCUUUGGAACCGGAGAUUGUGAGUGAGCCCGAGUUCGCCCUGUACCACAUCUCCUACCUGUGGUACACGCUGUUGGGGGCCCUGAUCACCAUCGUCAUCGCCGUGAUCGUUUCGUUCCUGAUAGGCCCGAACAAUCCGGACGAAAUGGACUCCAAGCUGUUCUCACCCUUCGUAGCCCGCAUCCUGGACCGUCGACGCCGCCGGAAAGUGGCCCACAGUCAACCGCGGAUAGAAUUCUUCGAAUCGUGUCAUCUGUAGAUUCUAAGUCUUCAUCGAAGAGAUCAUCUGUAGGAACAUCAACUGUAGCAGGAAAAAAAGGCAACUUAUACCAACCAAGACAAUUAGUUUUCGGAGCCUCUAUGGCGAAACAAGAAGCAAUA